GGUUAUUAUACAGAAAAGAAAGCAUAUAUCCGUAUAAGGACAUGGAACAUCUUUGAUUGGUAUAAUGCUCUAAAAGCAAGACAGAAGAACUGGCAAGUGCCUAAUGCAAAAUAUGAUAAAGACAAAGUGUUUAUGAUUUGUAUGACAGUGCAUUGGAAAAAUGAUCCUGAACUGUUAAAACAAAUCUGUUUUGUCAAUGUUGAAAUAGCGUUAGACUUACGCUUGAUCACAAUUGUAUGCUUUAACGAUUCUCAAUAUGAUUGGCAGUUUAUUGUGAAGAAAGCUAAUAAAUUAGGAAUUCUCGAAUGGAUGUUCAAUCAUAUGUCAUUCAAGCCAUUGAGUCUGGAAAAAAUUAUAAAAUGGGAAUAUCGAUAUAAUAUGAUAAAA